GCACUGAAUAGAUCUUACAUAAUCUCCCAUUCGUCCAACAAGUACUAUACGGCCCUCACCAUUUUAUGUAAAUGGGUUUCCCAGGAGAUAAAUCCCCAUCGCAGGCGUCCGCAUAUAUUCGAAUUUGGAGACUGCUCCAAGUGUCCGCACUUCUUCUCGUCCUCACCGUUCUCGCUCUUUGGAAUUGGGCCUUGGCGGGUCAUGUUUCUUGGAUUGCUAAAACUAGACCUGCUCACUCACUCGAGCCGAUAUGCCCUCAAACUCCUGCUCUUUUCCCUCGUGGGAAUGUCGCAAGUUCUCUGAACAGUCUAAUCGCCCAUGCCUCCUUUCUCAAUCGAUCCAAUGAGUGGCUCGGAGGGGCCAUUAAAAUACCAACCGAGAGCUACGAUGAUAUGGGGACUAUUGGAACCGACCCUCGAUGGGACGUCUUCCAGGAUCUGCAUCAAUACAUGAUCAAUGCGUUUCCGAGACUCCACAAAGUACUUCAACGCACAACGGUCAACACUUAUGCCUUAGUGUAUCACUGGCAAGGUUCCGACUCGAGCCUUAAGCCCAUUCUGUUAACAGCUCACCAAGAUGUCGUUCCCGUGGAUCCAACGACGGUAGAAGAGUGGGUUCACCCACCCUACUCUGGUUUCUUUGAUGGGACGUACAUAUGGGGGCGAGGGUCUCUCGAUGACAAGAAUGGACUUAUUGGCUUACUGUCUGCCAUUGAAGUAUUACUUGAAAGUGGUUUCGUUCCACGCAGGACCAUCGGUGCUGGUCAUUUGAGUGUGUAUCUGGAGAAAACCUACGGCAAGGGCGCAUUUUCCCUGCUUGUAGAUGAAGGAGGCAGUAUCGGGGAACUGGGCGGUGCGAUCGUCGCCUCACCUGAGGUCGCAGAAAAGGGGUACAUGGACGUGAAUAUCCGGGUUGCUACACCUGGUGGGCAUUCUUCAAUUCCACCAUCUCACACAUCGAUCGGCCUGCUUGCAAUCAUAAUCGCAGAGCUUGAAGCUCAUCCGAGCGCUCCAAGGUUGACACGAGCGUCACCUUUCUAUUCAUAUAUCCAAUGCAUAACUAACCACGCCCCGUUGAUAAACCCUUCGUUUUCGGAGCUCGUACGGCGGUCGGUUCACAGUGACAAGGCCUUACAGGACCUUGAAAAGGUGGUAUUGGUUGAGAAUGAGAUUACUCGGGGCGGUUUCGUUAGGUCUGUUUUGAGUACGACUCAGGCUGUCGAUUUGAUUAUCGGAGGGGUGAAGGUAAACGCCCUACCAGAGCAGGCUUCUGCUGUCGUCAAUCACAGAAUCUCAACUGAUAGCUCGGUGGAGGAGUUGAUGACGCGUUUGACAUCUCUAAUUCUGCCUUUGGCACACCAAUAUAAUCUCUCCUUCAAUGCGUUCGGCAGCCAACUCGGCGGCCCAAAUCUCGACUCCAGCUCUGGUUCCAUUAUGGUAUCUGAUGCAUUCAACAGUUCUCUGGAACCUUCCCCCAUAUCUCCAACGGACUCUUUGCCAUACGAACUCCUGCAUGGUACUAUCAGGGCUACUUAUGAGGCGAACGGGCUUCAAGAAUCUAUCGGCACUAGUACUGCGAAUGCGGCGCAGCCUAAAUUUAUUGUGGCACCUAGCUUGGGUACCGGUAACACUGAUACCAUAUGGUAUUGGAACUUGACGCGGAAUAUUUUUCGGUACAACUACGCCACAAUUGACGGAGCAUAUGGAGGGAUUCAUACCACGAAUGAAGCCGUCAAAGCGACUAUGUUUGUUGAUGGAAUCCGCUUUUUUGCGUACCUCAUUCUGAACGCUGAUGAAAUGGUUGAGCUAUGGGGUUCUUAACUGGGUAACGUUAUACCAGCCAGUGG